AUGGCGCUGCAAGCGGUGUGGAGCGUUCGGGCUGUGGGCUGCAGCCUGCGCAGAGCCUGGGCGCACGCUGUGCCCUGCGGGCCGAGGCCCUGGCGGCUGCAGGUGGGCGCUGUCCGGACGCUGCGCACGGGACCGGCUCUGCUGUCAGUGCGUAAAUUCACGGAGAAACAUGAGUGGAUAACAACAGAAAAUGGUGUUGGAACAGUGGGAAUCAGCAAUUUUGCACAGGAAGCUUUGGGAGAUGUUGUUUAUUGUAGUCUGCCUGAAAUUGGGACAAAACUGAACAAACAAGAUGAGUUUGGUGCUUUGGAAAGUGUAAAAGCUGCUAGUGAACUCUAUUCUCCUCUGUCAGGAAAAGUAACUGAAAUUAAUGAAGCUCUUGCAGGAAAUCCAGGACUUGUCAACAAAUCUUGUUAUGAAGAUGGCUGGCUGAUCAAGAUGACACUGAGUAACCCUUCAGAACUAGAUGAACUUAUGAGUGAAGAUGCAUGA